AUGGCGAUGAAUGUCAACGGGUUCCAGCAAGUUUCGCCGUAUAAUUUAGAAAUGGCACUUUGGGGAAGUUACUGUCGAACUUCAAUCGAACCGAUAUCGAGUCACAAGACCAUCGAAAGGCAAUCCAAGAGUCGCGAGAGGGAAACUUGCGAGUUUCCUUCCACCAUCUUAUGUUUAUGUUCGAGCGACUGCUGCACAUCCUCUCAAACCAUCGGUGCUCUGAAGAAUUAUUAUCUCUUCUCUCACAAGCGACUGCACAAGAGGUCUAUCACUGUGAGUGAACCGCAUCAUAAGGCACUCAGGAAUGAAACACGGGUGUACUGGUUUCAGCAGCAGCACGAAAAGAAGCGCAAGAAGCGCGACUUUGGCGCCCAGUCCUACGCAUUUGCCGAUUAUCCGCCCUUCUUCGAUUUUGGCCCGCGUCCGCGACAGGCCACCUUGUUCCAUCGCCAAAGAAACAGAGGCUUGCCGCUUCAAAACCUGUUCACGGAUCCGCUCUUCAAGGAACAGUGGUACCUGAACGGCGGCGCCAAGGAUGGCUAUGACAUGAAUCUCGGUCCGGCUUGGCAGAAAGGCUAUACAGGCAAGGGUGUCGUCGUUUCGAUCCUAGACGACGGCAUUCAGACCAAUCAUCCUGAUCUGGCGCUCAACUACGAUCAUCAGGCCAGCACGGACAUCAAUGACAACGAUGACGAUCCAAUGCCGAGGGAUAACGGCGACAAUAAGCACGGCACUCGAUGUGCCGGCGAGGUCGCCGCCGUUGCCUUCAACCAGUAUUGCGGUGUCGGUGUCGCCUACAAUGCUAGUAUUGGAGGCGUGCGAAUGCUCGAUGGCCCGGUAAACGACGCUGUCGAGGCCAGAGCGCUGGGAUUGAAUCCUGAUCACAUCGACAUAUACAGCGCCUCCUGGGGUCCCGAGGACGACGGCAAGACCGUCGACGGUCCGGGCCCGCUCGCCAGGAGGGCGUUUAUUUACGGAGUGACGAGCGGUCGCAAGGGCAAGGGCUCGAUCUUCGUGUGGGCGUCGGGAAACGGCGGCCGGCAUACCGACUCGUGCAACUGCGACGGCUACACGAACAGUAUAUUUACACUGUCGAUAUCGAGCGCGACCCAGGGUGGCUACAAGCCGUGGUACCUCGAGGAAUGCAGCUCCACCCUGGCGUCCACUUAUUCAUCGGGCACGCCCGGCAACGACAAGAGCGUCGCCACCGUGGACAUGGACGCCAAGCUGCGUCCGGAUCACAUCUGCACGGUGGAGCACACCGGGACAUCGGCCUCGGCGCCGUUAGCCGCUGGCAUCGCCGCCCUCGCUCUCGAGGCGAACCCGACUCUAACAUGGCGCGACAUGCAAUACCUGGUGGUGCUCACCUCGCGGUCCGAGCCCCUGAGCAACGAGCCCGGCUGGAUCCUGAACGGCGUCAAGAGGAAGGUCUCGCACAAAUUCGGUUACGGUCUGAUGGACGCGGGCGCCAUGGUCAACCUGGCUGAACAAUGGACCAAUGUGCCGCCGCAACACAUUUGCAAGUCCGACGAGCUCAAUGAGGAAAGACCGAUUGAUCCCACGUAUGGUUAUACCUUGAGUGCAUACAUGGACGUUACCGGAUGCGCCGGAUCCUUGAACGAAGUGCGAUUCUUGGAGCACGUGCAGUGCAAGGUUUCCCUGAGGUUCUUCCCUCGAGGAAAUUUAAGACUCUUACUGACUUCCCCGAUGGGCACAACCUCGACCCUAUUGUUUGAGCGACCACGCGACGUUCUCAGUUCCAACUUUGACGAUUGGCCCUUCCUCAGCGUGCAUUUUUGGGGCGAAAAGGCGGACGGUCGAUGGACCCUGCAAAUUAUUAAUGCAGGCAAUCGACACGUCAACUCACCAGGCAUACUGAAGAAGUGGCAGCUGAUCUUCUACGGCACGUCGACGAACCCGAUCCGGAUACGCACACGGCAGUUUAAUCCGAGUUACCAGGGCCCGUACACCGGCGCUGCAUCGAACCUACAGGCAUCGGUGGCCACUCUGGACGGCUCGUCGGCGCCACUCCUGACGAACCACUUGCCCGGCGACGUCUCAUCGGCAUCCGCCUUCGACUCACCCUCGGCGGCGUCAUCCGCGCAAGACGGCUCUCUCGAUACGACCAGGAGGAUACUACACGACUGCGAUCCUCAGUGCGAUGCCCAGGGUUGUUAUGGCAAAGGGCCGACUCAAUGCGUCGCCUGUAAGAAUUAUCGUCUCGACAACACAUGUGUUAGUCGCUGUCCGCCAAGAAGCUUUCCUAAUCAGGGCGGCGUCUGCUGGCCGUGCCACGAGUCCUGUGAGAUUUGCGCGGGCGCUGGUCAGGACUCCUGUCUCUCCUGCGCUCCCGCUCACCUCCGAGUCACCGAUCUGGCGGUCUGCCUUCAGCAAUGCCCGGAAGGCUACUAUGAAAAUACCGAGAAUAGCACGUGCGUGCCGUGCGAAGCCAACUGCGCCAGCUGUCAGGACAGACCGGACAAGUGCACCAGCUGUGAGCAUCACUUGGUGAUGCAUGAGAACAAAUGUUAUGCCGCGUGUCCCCCAUACACAUACGAGACGCAAGAUUAUAGCUGCGCUCCAUGUCAUGCUACCUGUGAGACCUGUAAUGGUACGGCAGAGAACCAAUGCAUUACUUGUCGGUCCGGGCUGUUCGCUUUGAACGGCACAUGUCGCGCCUCGUGCCCAGCGGGUUAUAGCGCCGACAAGAAACGACGCGAAUGCGUCGCAUGCCCACCCGGUUGCGCGACCUGCGCCACGCUGAGUUGCACCAGUUGCAUCGAAGGCUGGAGCUUGAACAAGAAGGGGCUGUGCGCGCCCGAGAGUCGCAGCAACUGUAACUCGGGACAGUACUAUGAGAGUGGCCAGUGUAAGGUCUGUCAUUCGUCUUGCGAGACCUGCGCCGGUGCCACGGAAGAUCACUGCAUAUCCUGCCCGAACCCUUUACUGCUUCAAGGCAAACGUUGCGUGUCCCAAUGUGACGACGCGUAUUACUCCGUGGUACAACCCUCGCGGCCGAUUUGCGUUCCUUGUCUGCACACCUGCAAGAGUUGCGUCUCCCGCCUGAACUGUACGGCGUGUCAAGAUGGACUGCAGCUGCAAAGCGGAGAAUGCAGAUCGUCCUGCGCGCCAGGUUAUUAUAGCGACCGAGGACAGUGUGCCAAGUGUUAUUUGUCGUGUAAAACGUGUUUGGGACCGAGAAGGGAUCAGUGCGUCACUUGUCCAAGAGGAUGGCAACUGGCAGCCGGCGAAUGCCAUCCCGAAUGCCCGGAAGGUUUCUUCAAGUCCAAUUUCGGUUGUCAGAAGUGUCAUCAUUAUUGUCGCACAUGCAAAGGAGAAGGUCCGCUAGAAUGCACUUCCUGUCCACCUCAUUCGAUGCUGGAAGGCGGAUUAUGCAUGGAAUGUCUGGGUGCACAAUACUAUGAUUCCUUGACACAGCUCUGCAAGGGUUGCCAUUCCGACUGUCGAAGAUGCACCGGUCCCGGCAAGUUCAGUUGCGCUGCAUGUUCGCCACCGCUGCAUUUGGACAAAUUGAAUAAUCAGUGCGUGCCUUGCUGUACGGGCAACGAAAAGGGGCCUCAGGCUGAAGAAUGCUGUCUCUGCGACCCAGAAACCGGCGGCUGCAGGAACAGCUCGCCAGCUGGUAAGAGAAGAGUACCAGGAACAGAAUUCUCAGCCGACACGGUUGUCUCUGAAACAUACUCUGACAGCGAUGGCAGAUCAAGUAACAACGAUUCGGCUUCACUGGCCGUAACAGCAGCUACAACGAUGGCGGUUGCUAUCUGUUUAGCAUCAAUCGCGUUAUUUGCAGUGAUAUUCGUCGCUCUUCAGGCCUGGUCCGGCAGAAGAGAGGUCAAUAUGGGAUACACGCAGCUCGCCGUAAAAAUGGAACCGUCCGAAGACCUGGACGCCGACGACGCAACAGAGCUUAUGACCUAGACUUCGUUAACUGCCACGUAGCUAUUGACCUCUUGCCGAAGAGUCGCAGAGAGAUCGAUGAAUCUCGAUUGUGAUCAGUUCGCGAGUCAGAAGUUACGUGUCUGCGCGUCAGCGAGGUCCAGAGAUAGUCUACAUAUGUGUAAUGAGGAAAAUGGGAAAACGGUGGUAAAUACGUAACGGAAAGGGAGAAGUGGAAGAAGAAACAGGGGGAGGAGCAAGCAAAGGAUGAUUCGUCGAAUACGUGAUAGAACUCCGUGGAGCAAACAGCAAAAGAGGAAGAGAGAAAGAGAGAAAGAGAGAGAGAGAGAGAGAGAGUGAAAGGAAGUGUGAUUGUUGUUUAUCUAGCCGUGAUGCGGUCGCAUGAAUGUGCGAAUGCAUGAGAGAUGUGUGUUUAGUUAGAAAUCUACUUUUUGCCCGUCAUCGUUGUCGAGUGCGUCGCCGAUGCCAUCGUCACACACAUCAAGACACUGACGGUGAUUCCGAACACGGAGAAAAAGGGUGAAGGACAUUAUCAAGUGCCUGAUUAUAGUGACACCCUUGAUUCCACACCCUUUCGCGUUCCCCCUCCGGCGCUUUCUGUCCACGAAGUAACGCCGAAUCUUCGUCGAUUAUCGCGUCGAUCAUCGUCGCGUGCAUCCGCAAAACAAAUAGAACUUCAGCCGAGCGACGGACAACACGAACAAGUUAGAAGUGUUGCGCGGUACAAGAGUCGAAAGCAAUCUAGUUUGUUCAAUAGCAUCUUCGAAUGAUAAUAUCUAUUGCCAUUUUUUUUUUUUCUUCGCGCAACAUUCGCGGUAUCGACGACCGUCGUCAAGUUAUUGAAGGAACAAAAGGCACGUCUCUUCUUCGCCUCUCUUCGGGAAGGCCAGCAUUCCGUUAAGGGGUGAAGGGAUGUAAAAGUGACCUCCGUAUAUUAGGCUGAACCACGGACCACGUAAUCGUAAUCGUUAAUCGUGAGAAUUAUGAAUUGUUAUAUAUUUGUACAAAUGAUAAUAGUAACAAGUGAGCGAACAAAAAGGGGAUAAUCACACAAGGAUCAGGAGGGGGAGGCGAAAGAAAAACGAUAGCGAGACCGGCGAAUACCAAUUUCGAGAUCGAGUCUCGGCUAAUCGACGCAAUUCGCGUACUCGGAGGAACCAACAGACUGUUACUCUCGUUUGCUACUGCGAUCGCCUAGUUAUCCGACGCGUCUGUGACGUCAGUCGUCGCAUUCCAGUACCUCCCAAACUGACACAACACACGCCGUCGACACAGCUAUUGCGUUUUGUAAACUGUUUGUUGUUAUUAUUUCAUUGUCUACAUUGAUGUUUUGUUUAAUAUCCCACUUUCUUUGCGUUGCUCUUA